AUGAAGAUGCAUUUAGAGAUGCUAUAUUGCAGCGAUGUCCAAUUAAAAGCUUUGCACAGUCAUCUCAAAGUGUGGUACUGGAAAUCAUUAUCACUGAGAAUGGGAAGAAGUGCACCAAUUUUUUCGAUUUGCAAAGCUCUAGGAUGCUUUAAGAUAAAUUGCUUUGAGGUUAAUAGAAGAAGCUGUAAACCGAGACCAAUGAAAUUACAGUAUCUAGUUCAAGAUCCGGAUCCGCGUGCUUUUAUUAGUUGA